GGAGAACGGCAUAAAAGCGUGAGGCUGGAUUGGGACAGGACGCGCCCAAAUUUCAGCUGAUUCGGAUGGCUUGCUCUUGCUACGUCUCCAUGCAAUCAUUUGCUCGCAGCCGGGCUCCCCGUCUUCUUCUCGCGAGCUCCUUCAGGUGCUAGCUAGAAGCAGUAUGUAUCAUCUGGAGACCAUGGACGACUCCAGCUUGUUCAUGCAGUGGGCCGUGGACACGCUGCAGCACGAGCACCCGCCGCUCGCCGCUGCCUACGCCGCCGGCGACAACUUCCCAUCACUGGAAGAGCUCCGCCGCUCGGCGUUGCAGCACGGCACGGCUCCGGCGGGAAUGGCGGUGCAAGAUGGCCACCGUCACUUAGCCACCGAUAGCUGGAGCUCUGGCGACAGCGGCCAUGAAAACACGUCUGCCGCGGUCGUGGAGAACGACGCCAACUGCGCGACGACCUGCAGCGUCGGCAGCAGCAACAACUACCUGCCCAUGAGCUGGAACUUCACCUCGGCCGUGGCGCAGCCGAGCAACGAGGCGGCGCCAAGCCCCGCCACCGCUCCCUCAGCUAGAGCGCUCGACGGCCCCGGCGUGGUGGAGCAGGCCCACGUGUCGCCGCCGUCGAGGAGAGCCUCCGCCAAGAGCGCCGCCAGGGCCGGGCACGCGCCGUACGCGCAGGACCACAUCAUGGCGGAGCGGAAGCGCCGGGAGAAGAUCAACCGGCGGUUCAUCGAGCUCUCCACCGUCAUCCCCGGCCUCAAGAAGAUGGACAAGGCGACGAUCCUGUCGGACGCCGUGAGGUACGUCAAGGAGCAGCAGGAGAAGCUCAGGGCGCUCGAGGACCGCAACCGCAGGAGCGCCGCCGUUGACUUGGUGGUGCUCGUCAAGAAGUCGCGCGCCGCCGUGCCGGAAGACGAUGACGUCGGCGGCUGGUGCCCGUCACCAUCUGCAGGGGCGGUAGCCGGAAGCACGACGGCGACGACGACCGGGAGCGCGCUGCCGGAGAUCGAGGCGAGGAUCUCGGAGAGCGACGUGAUGGUGAGGAUCCACUGCGAGGACGCCAAGGGGGUGCUCGUCAGGCUGCUCGCCGAGGUGGAGGGGCUACACCUGAGCAUCACCCACGCCAAUGCCAUCCCGUUCCCCGCUUGCACUCUGAUCAUAACAGUUACUGCAAAGGCAAGUUACUCCCAACAAUCUGCUGCCCACGAGGAAAUUUCGUUCUACCGUUGCGGCUUCGAUUACAUCGUCUUUGGACAGAAGUUCUUUUACUGUAUUUUACACAAUUCUCUACCAGCAAUUGUUUCACUGAGUUUCUAGUGAGUGUUCUGUAUUUUCUGCUUGUUUUUUCUGGGACGCCGAUAAAUCCCAAGCAUUCGAGAUUUGCCGAUUGCAAAUGAAAUGUUUUCUAUGACAAUUGAUAUACGCGAGGGGUGACAAAUUUAGUUGACAAACACGGCAAUUCCGAACGCUCGGGAUUUAUCAUUUUGUUUUUCUUUCAUGGUUUGUACUCCUAGACUGACAUUGUGGUUUCAGUUAAAUAAAAUAGGAGAAGCAAAGCAUGUUUUUUUUGUGUGGCAAAAGCAAAGCAUGUUUUUUUUUUUGCGGCAAAAGCAAAUCAUGUUUAUCCUUACAUUAAUAGUUGUGGUUGAAAUGCAACAGAACUGAACUGAGAAAACUUUAUUUGGACAC